AUGACAUUAACGACUAACAAUACUCUCAUGCCACAUCGGCCGUCGCGUGGUGCAAUGAGCCGCGUCGCCUUACUUGCUGCAUACAACAGGGCGGUCCUCAAGCCUCGACGCCCAGUCUAUCUGGCCGCUUUCAAUGUCUGCACUCUGAAGCAAACAGGACAAAAAGCUGCUCUUGCACCCACACCGGAAUCGCUUGGCAUUGAUGUCUGCUGUGUCUCAGAAACGACAAUUCAAGAUGCAAGCACAGUGAUUGAGCUAACCGCCCCGUCAGUCUCCACUCGCUUCCGGGUGCGCACUUCUGGUGAUCCAGAGGCUGCUGCGGCGGGAUGUGCAGGGGUUGGUAUUGUGCUAAGUCACCGGGUGGAAGUAUCCUUACUUGACUGGAUGCCUGUUGAUAGUCGCCUCUGUGCGGUUCGUCUGGCAACGUCUGUGAAGGAGUCUCAGAAGCGGGAAGUUCAUCGAUGUCUGCUUAUCGUGUCUGUCUACGCCCCAACUGACUUUAGCUCCGACUCCGUCAAAGGAAGGUUUUACGACGCCCUGAAUGCCCCGCUACAGCGAGUGAGAAGCUCAGAUAUUGUGGUGGGUGGCGGAGAUAUGUAUGCGCAAGUGGGCAGGCUUAGUGCAUCUGAGACUCAAUUGGGAGGUCGACAUGGACUGGACUCGCCAGCAGCCUCAACGCAUCUAGAGCCCACAGAUGAAGCAGAACCCUGGACGGUGAACGUGAAACCACCUGCGGCCCCGGAGGUUUACGGCUGCAUAUGUCCUCUCAAGCGCCACCGAGCUCCCGGUCCGGAUGAUCUCCCACCCGCAUUGUUCAAAGACGGGGACGAAGUCCUCAGUCAGCGCUUGUCCGAUCUGUUUGCUUGCAUCUGGGAAAAGGAGUCUGUCCCAGACAACUGGGAAGCAUCAGCGAUAGUGCCCGUUUUCCAAAAGGGGCGCGUAGUAUACUUUCGGCAAGUCUUUCUUGUGGAAUCGGCGACGAAUUGUGUGUCUGCUUGGUCUUCGGGGACCGGAGCUGCCGGCCUGAUUGGCGCUCUGUCUUACGCUGCUCUUACAUCUGUUCUGUCUCCUGAGACAACACUACUUCUGGUUACCAUGGUUCCAGUCUCACUGCUUUUGGUGUUUGGGGAGAUGUUUACUGUUGCAGCGGACGCUGGUGACCUGAUCAUCGGUUCUGAAGCAGAAGAAUGGGAUCAUUGA